GAAAGAUUUUAUUGCUGGUGUCACACAAAGUCAUUUCUACCAACAAUUAAAUUUGUCCUGAACGCAACAUUCCGCAUCCUGGGGGCGGAGAGGUAACAGCAGUUUACUGGCAGUGACCGAAAAAGUGGUGCAGAACCUGCGGAAAAAACACUCAAAUAAUUUUGGGGGAGCCCAACUGGGAUUGACACUUUGAUCGCAGGCAUUCGGGUCUGUGCUCCCGAUCCAAGCCAGAGAUGAGCAGCGAGAAGACUGCAUACGCUCCGGUGGGGGGGAUGCCUUCUCCGCCCUCGCUUCCCGGCCAGCCAGCGUUCCCUGCUGGAUUUGACAUGAAUAUGCCGGGCCAAAACAUGUUCGGAGCCCCUGCCCAUGGGGGUGGUUUCCCUGCUCCUACUGGGUUCCUUGGGCCUUCUCCUGGUGAUUUUCACGGCUCUGGUGGUGUUCCUGCUGCUGGUGGUUUCAAUGCUCCUGGUGGUUUCAAUGCUCCUGGUGGUGUUCCUGCUCCUGGUGGUUUCAAUGCUCCUGGUGGUUUCAAUGCUCCUGGUGGGUUCGAUGCUCCUGGUGGGUUCAAUGCUCCUGGUGGUUUCAAUGCUCCUGGUGGGUUCGAUGCUCCUGGUGGGUUCAAUGCUCCUGGUGGGUUCGAUGCUCCUGGUGGGUUCAAUGCUCCUGGUGCUUUCGAUGCUCCUGGUGGGUUCGAUGCUCCUGGUGGGUUCAAUGCUCCUGGUGGUUUCAAUGCUCCUGGUGGGUUCGAUGCUCCUGGUGGGUUCAAUGCUCCUGGUGGUUUCAAUGCUCCUGGUGGGUUCGAUGCUCCUGGUGGUUUCAAUGCUCCUGGUGGCUUCAAUGCUCCUGGUGGGUUCAAUGCUCCUGGUGGUUUCAAUGCUCCUGGUGGGUUCAAUGCUCCUGGUGGUGUUCCUGCUGCUGAUGGUUUCUCUGCUCCUGGGGGUUUCCCUGCUCCCGGUGGUCUCCCUUUCCCCCCACCGACUGCUUUCGGGCCAGGUGUUCCUGGAGCUUUUGGAAUGAAACCCCAAGAUGGUCCAGGAUAUGGAGGCAAACCCUCACCAUAUUCUCCUCCAGGCCCAGGGUCUAAUGGAAACUUCAAUGAUAAUGCUUACCAUAGCGAGGAAGAGCCACCACCCUUUCAUGAGAAUCAAGAAUUUGAUUUUGGAUUAGAUAACAAGAGCAUAAGACGAGCCUUCAUUCGAAAGGUGUUCUUGGUGUUGACUGCUCAGCUGAUGGUGACGUUCGCCUUUGUGGCUGUUUUCACUUUUGUGAAGGAAGUCAAGGUUUUUGUCAUGGUGAACACCUGGACCUACCUUGUGUCCUAUGUCAUAUUCUUUGUGUCGCUGUGUGUGAUCAGCUGCUGUGGAAGCGUUCGCCGAAGACAUCCUUGGAACCUGGUUGCAUUAUCUGUCCUGACUCUCAGCAUGUCCUACAUGGUGGGAAUGAUUUCAAGCUUCCAUGACACCGAUACAGUCGUCAUGGCAGUGGGCAUCACAGCCGUCGUGUGCUUCACUGUGGUCAUCUUCUCCAUGCAGACCAAGUACGAUUUCACUUCCUGUUACGGGGUGCUUUUCGUCUGCUUAAUUGUCCUGUUGAUCUUCGGCAUCCUCUGCAUCUUCAUUCGUGACAGGAUUUUGCACAUUGUGUAUGCUGGACUGGGAGCUUUGCUCUUCACCUGUUUCCUGGCGGUGGACACACAGCUGCUGCUGGGCAACAAGGAAUUGUCCCUGAGUCCAGAGGAAUAUAUCUUUGCUGCUCUCAACCUGUACAUGGACAUCAUCAACAUCUUCCUGUAUAUUCUUGCUAUCAUUGGAAGAGCAAGGGGAAGCUGAGCUGGACCAACAACAGUUUAAAAUUCUGCUGAAAAUCGCUUUGAGUUUGUGUCUAGCAGUGCUUUACCUAUAUCCUGAUUUUAAUUUAGUCUUGUAGUGUACUUUGAUCACAUAGUUUGAAAAUGUUUUGCUUCACCCAAUGUAAAUGUUUUUUUUUAUUUUUUAUUAUAUAGAUUGUCUUUGCUGUAGUUUGGGGGUUCAUUAACACUUUAUGAGCUAUUGAGUGUGUUGUACAAAACUUGAUUAUGACAUAUAAAAUCAACUGUAUACAUAUUUGGCUCUAGACGUCACACAGCCUUCAUCAGCAGAAGUAGUUUAAUAAAGAUCUUGUUAUGUGGUUAAAACUUUGGAAAAAGACAGUGAAGUGGAUUUUGAGUUGUGAUUAUUUGUUGAAUAAACUUUUCCAGGGUUAAAUGUACCUGUGUAACCUAUAAGCCAGCAGCUUAAAAAAGCUAUAAAAAAAGGGAGUGUAUGAAAACAUACCAGUUGCUUAACUUGCAUGUCAAUAGAUGCAUCACCAUGGCAACUGAGUAAAAGCUGCUGAAGAUUACAUAUCUAGAUAAUGUAAGUCAUCAGACCCUGGGUUUUUGUGAAACUAAGAUACAGAAUGACCUGCAAUGCUAUAUAUAAAGUUAUUUUAUAAACCUGA